AUGGCUGAAAUAGAGAAAGAGAAGAAGAAAAACAAAAAGUCUCUUGGCGAGAUCCAAGCCAAGAUGAAGUGUCAAAUGGAGCCUUCCAACGAUGUAGGCAAACUUGAAUGCAAAGACUGGCCUUUGUUGUUCAAGAAUUUUGACAAAAUGUUGACACGUACAAAACAUUUUACACCUUUGUCAUCUGGAUCCACACCUCUACAUCGUACUCUGUCAGAGUACGUUCAAUCCGGUUGUAUCAACCUGGAUAAGCCUUCCAAUCCAUCUUCACAUGAAGUUGUAGCAUGGAUUAAGAGAAUUUUAAAAGUUCAAAAGACGGGUCAUUCUGGUACUUUAGAUCCUAAGGUAUCUGGCUGUUUGAUUGUUUGUAUUGACAGAGCUACACGUUUAGCAAAGUCUCAACAAUCAGCUGGAAAGGAGUAUGUGGCAGUUUUUAAACUUCAUUCAGCAGUAGACAAUGUCAAGAAGAUCCACCAAGCCCUUGAGAAAUUAAAAGGUGCCUUGUUCCAAAGACCUCCUCUCAUAUCAGCUGUCAAACGUCAACUUAGAGUAAGAACUGUGUAUGACAGUUGGUUCUUGGACUAUGAUGAGGAUAGGAAUAUGGGAGUCUUCAAAGUUAGCUGUGAAGCUGGUUCUUACAUCAGAACAAUAUGCGUGCAUCUUGGUCUGUUUCUUGGUACUGGUUGCCAAAUGCAGGAGCUGCGAAGAAAUCGUUCUGGUAUUAUGUCUGAGAAGGAUGGCUUAGUCACCAUGCAUGACAUCCUUGAUGCUCAAUGGCUUUAUGAAAAUCACGGUGAUGAAUCCUACUUGAGGAGAGUCAUCAGACCUUUGGAAUCUCUUCUUGUCAACCACAAAAGAAUUAUUGUCAAAGAUAGCGCAGUAAAUGCUAUAUGUUAUGGAGCAAAAAUAAUGCUGCCUGGUGUUCUCAUGUAUGAUGAAGGCAUUGAAUUGAAUCAAGAAAUUGUCAUUGUCACCACUAAAGGAGAAGCUGUAGCGCUUGCUAUUGCCCUCAUGACAACACCUACAAUGUCCGCUUGUGACCACGGAGUAGUUGCUAAGAUAAAACGUGUUAUCAUGGAAAGGGAUGCCUAUCCGAGAAAAUGGGGUUUGGGUCCAAAAGCUUCUCAGAAGAAACGCCUUAUUGUGGAAGGCAAACUUGACAAACAUGGAAAACCAAAUGAAAACACACCAUCAGACUGGUUAUCUGGUUACACAGAUUACAGUGCUUCUAAAGUCAAGACUGAAGAAAACGGAUUCAAAGACACAACAGAACAAGUUAGCGAGGCUUCCGCUAAAAAGCGAAAGCACGAUGAAACUUUGGUCGCAGAGGACGAAGCAACUCCUGCUGAUGAACCAGUCGACGCAGAGAUAGCAUCACCUAAAGAUAAGAAAAAGGACAAAAAAGAAAAGAAGAAGAAGAAGGACAAAAAGAAAGACAAAUCAGACACAGAAGCCGAAACGUCGAUGGCUGUAGAAGGAGAAACUGAGGAACAACCCGUGAAAGAGAAGAAGAAGAAGAAGAAGAAGAGCAAAGAAGAGGAGCCUGCAGAAGAAUGAAAAUGUUAAAAACUUUUAUAGAAUUAACGACUUACCUUUUAUUAUUUUGUAUUGAAAAUGUAUAUGAGUGAUUGUGAGCGCAUUUACAUCAAGAAUUCAAAAUGAACUUUUUUAAAUUCUAAUAGUACAACUCGUGAUAGUUACAAAAUGAUGUAUUUGUGCUAUAUAUGAUAUUUGGCUUUACCAGAUAUUGCCAAAGUUAAGUUCCAUAUAAUGUUCAUGGAUGAAAGCCAGUGAAUAUUUAAGCUGUAUAUAAAUAUUUGUAAUAGAAUAUUUUCACAUUCAACAAAACAAAGAAUAUUAUAUAUUAC